AUGAGUUCUAUGAGUCAUGACUAUUUUGCGGUGAGUCUUCGACUUAUUUGCAACCCUGGCGACCCCUAUGUUGUGAACACCAGUUCCGUGAGUCGUGACUGUUUUACGGUGAGUCUUCGACUGUUUUGCGAUCCCUGCGACCCCUACGAGCAUAUGCACCAAGCCCCUGAUUGUAUGGGAUUGGGCAGUGUCUAUGGAAGAUCUCAGACAAUCAAAGUUCUGCAAAGGCGUUUGCCUCGAUCAAGUGCCGGCCUUCAACAGCAAGGAGAUGGUAAAGAGUAUCUUGGUGGCAAAAAUGAUGCUGAAACAGCUGAAGAAGAUGAGUCACCCUUUGAAUUCCGGGCCCUGGAAGUUGCUUUAGAAGCCAUUUGUAGUUUUCUUGCUGCACGAACAACAGAAUUGGAGAUGGCUGCUUAUCCUGCAUUAGAUGAACUUACCUCCAAGAUUAGUAGUCGUAAUUUGGACAGGGUUCGGAAAUUGAAGAGUGCAAUGACAAGGCUGACUGGUAGAGUUCAAAAGGUCAGAGACGAGCUUGAACAAUUGUUGGAUGAUGAUGAUGAUAUGGCUGACCUAUACCUGUCAAGAAAAGCAGGUUUAGCAUCACCAGUCAGUGGAUCAGGUGCUGCAAAUUGGUUUUCUGCAUCCCCUACCAUAGGAUCAAAGAUAUCUAGAGAAAGUAGAGCAAGUCUGGCUACUGUUCGUUUUGAUGAAAAUGAUGUGGAAGAGCUUGAACUAUUACUUGAGGGUUAUUUUAGUGAAAUUGAUCAUACCUUGAACAAAUUAACCACACUGCGAGAGUACAUUGAUGAUACUGAAGAUUAUAUUAAUAUUCAAGUAAGUAGCUAUCAAUUUACUGAAAAUAUGUAUUGGUAUCUGUUUAAUAACACGAAAUUCUGGAGUUUUUCUAUUUUGCAGCUUGACAACCAUCGUAAUCAGCUGAUUCAGUUGGAGCUCUUUCUUAGUUCUGGAACUGUUAGUCUAGCUUUCUAUUCUUUGGUGGCUGCUAUAUUUGGCAUGAAUAUGCCAUAUACUUGGAACGAAAAACAUGAUUACAUGUUCAAAUGGGUAGUUAUUGUCUCUGGAGUAUUUUCUGUUUUGAUGUUUGUCAUGAUUGUGGUCUAUGCUCGCAAAAAGGGAUUAGUUGGAUCAUGA